CUAUUGUGAGGAUUCUCCACCUUCUGCCGCUCGAGAAGACACGGCACCGGAGACACGGGAGGUCGGUUUCGGAGCAGUUCGGUCACGCAGGCGCCUCAGGAAGGGGACGAGGGGCCGUGUUCGGGCGCUGGAAGGCCAAAGAAGACGUUGGUAAGGAACUGGCCCAAGUGAUGUAAGGAAGCAUUUAUUCACUUUCCUGGCACCAAACUCCUAAAAUAUUGUCAAGCUACGCCUGUGGACAAGCAAACUUCUUGCUUUGAAUUCCUAACGUAUUCUUUUAAAGAUGUCUCGAAAACACAGUAAUAAGGAUCCAAUCGGCUUUGUCUUUGACGUUCAAUCUAAUACUGUGAUGGCUCAAGGAGGCUCCUAUGAGAAUAUGAAGGAAAAGAUCCAUGCAGUUCGUGCCAUUGUUCCAAACAAGAGUAACAAUGAGAUCAUCCUGGUACUACAGCACUUUGAUAACUGCGUGGACAGGACGGUGCAGGCAUUCAUGGAAGGAAACGCUGUUGAGGUCUUAAAGGAGUGGACUGUGCUUGGCAAGAAAAAGAACAAGAAGAAGAAGCCCAAGACAAAAACAGAAGCUGCACCUCCUAGCAGUACACCAGAUGCUGUGAAAUCCGCACCUACAGAAGGGGAACAAAGUACUGCACCCUCGGAUAAAGGUGGACUGAAUGGCUAUCAUGUCAAUGGCACCACUAAUGACACAGAGUCAGUGGAUUCCCUCAGUGAGGGCUUAGAUACACUUUCUUUAGAUGCUAGAGAAUUGGAGGACUCUGAACCUACUACACCUGAUGUAUCUGACCACCCAGGGUCCACAUUCCACAAUGGCCGUCCAGACUUAGAGCUGAAGUUGACAGCUUCCCACCUUCCUCAAAAUUCCCAUCAUAAAAGCGUACCGACUGACCACAGGCAUUCUAAUAAAGUCCGCUCUGGAAGUGUUUCAAGUUCUCAUUCAUUUGCUUCAUCUGUCACAGAUGAUUCCUACCUAUCCACAGGGUCUAAAAAGCUUGGUGCCAACAUUGAGAAAUCUGUUAAAGACUUACAGCGAUGCUCGGUGUCCUUGGCACGUUAUCGCAUAGUAGUAAAGGAAGAAAUGGACAGCUCUAUCAAGAAAAUGAAGCAGGUUUUUCAAGAACUGCAGAGCUGCCUCAUGGACAGAGAAGUGGCACUUUUAGCAGAAAUGGACAAAGUGAAAGCUGAAGCAAUGGAGAUUCUGGACAGCCGACAUAAGAAAGCAGAAGAGCUGAAGAAACUCACAGAUGUGGCUGUGCGCAUGUCUGAAGAGCAGCUGGCAGAGCUCCGUGCUGAUAUUAAGCAUUUUGUCAGUGAGCGGAAGUAUGAUGAGGAAAUGGGUCGUGCUGCACGCUUCACAGCUGACUUGGAACCUGUGAAGAAGAGCUUAGAGUCUUUUGGACAAGUUUCCCAUCCAAAGAACAAUUAUUCUGCUCGCUCUCGCUGUUGUUCCCUAACAAGUCCCAGUAAUACCUCUGCUCCAUCCACUACUGAAAUCUCCUCUAAUCCAAGCCUUACUUCAUCCAAUCGAAAGGCUACAGUCUCAGGAGACUCACCUGUGGCAACAAGUCAUUAUGGCCCCAGACAGCCUCCAAGACAGGGACCUCCAGCCAAUAAAAGACCAGGGCAAGGUUAUCGACCUCAGGGCCAACGACAAAACUACCAAACUAAUAAUCUGAGAUACGACAACCGAAACCGGAACAACAACUGGUAUCAUUCCAAUCCACGAAACCAGAGCUACAAUCCUCAGGCACAUCGUCAGCCCGGUGACCAGACAUCCACCUAUUCCGGCACGAAUGGACCUGCUGCCACCUCAGAGCCCGUCCAAACAGGGGUUUUAGACCCUGAAAACAAGGCCCUACCACAGCGUAAGCCGAGAGGGAACCCAUCUGCCUCCUGAGUUGGAAAGAACUUCAUGCCUUUAGUCCGCACUUUCAAUGUUCAACUCCAUAACUUGACUUUAGAAAACUGUUAGGUUUAUUAACAAAGAGAAACGUUUACAGCCAGCUGUUCCGUGCCACUUUUUCCUCUUUAUCCUGUCUUAUAUAUUUUUUUUCAAAGCCUCACUUUCAGCCUCUUUCUUUUCAAUGUGUUAAAUGGACUGUUGCAUUAGACUUCAAGCAAUUGCUUCUAAUUCAACAAUGGGCUCUUCUAGGAGUUCCACAAUGUGUUUUGUAUCCCUGUUUCUCUCACUAUCAGAUGAUGAUUGUCUGUGAGAACGGACAGUUGCUGGCUGAGACAGAACAUGUCGUUCUAGUGGCAUGCCAGCUUUUUCCACUGCUGUAAUGACAACUUUGCAAAAUUCUAGCUCAUGGGCUCCCAGCAACUUGCAGCUUCUUGAGUUAUUCAGUCUGUGCUUGUUUAUACAGAGUAAAUUAGCCAGUGUCAUGAAAGCAGCGGUUCUGUGGCCAAUAUUUGGAGCUUUUCAACAUUGUAUUUCUCGUUUGUCCCUUUAUCUCAAGUUACUCCCAAGAAAAACCCAUUUCUCUGUCUUUAAAGUGCCUUGUUUUUGUAAUGGGGUAAGCAGAUUCUUCUCAUUCCCACCCUUUCAUACAUUCCCUGAAUACAGUUUUUUUUUUUUUUAUUAUUAUUAUUAUUGGGCUGAGUUAGGAAGGAAGCAUUAAUUUUUUAGGAUGCUGAAGCUGUAUUCGUUCCUAAAUAUUCUGAAUGAAUGAAAACAGGUUGACAGCAGAGUGUGAGGACAUGGUCAGGCAUGCCACUGUUUUCCCUAAUAUUCGGCCAGUGCAUCUGUUCUUUUAGAAAUAAUUUUCUUCGGUACCUAGAACCAACUUUUAGACUCUACUGCUCAGGAUUUCAGAGUCCAUUUGGAGCUAAUCUAGUCUUAUUUCUUCCACCUUCCCUUCUUUCUUGCUCCUUUUUACGCAAUUUGUUUUUGUUUUAAUAAAAUUGCACUGUCCUGUCGCUGUGGCUGAUUAAUAGACAGCAGGCUGCAAGCUGUUUGUUCCCAUAUGAUUCUGUGAAUUCAUCAUGACAGUGCCCUCUUCCUUACCGUUUUCUCUUGUCCAAAGAUGCACCUUUCACCAAUAUUCAUGUGUCUUGUUUUUCUUUUGUUCAUUGCAAAGUUAGGAUUGGUUUAGUUUUAGUAAUAUGAUAAAUCACCUCUAUUCUAAGGGCUAUAGUGUUGAUACUUCCAUAGUACAACACAUAACUAUUAUGUGAUAUUAAAUGCAUUACAUGUAUCCAUUGCAGGUGUUAUGCAACAAAAAUGAAGGAGAGGCCUGAUCGUGUAGUUCAGAACUUUGUACAUCUUCUAGCUGUUUCCCUUAUCUGGCCAUUUGCCAUUACUGCAGCUGCAUAUAACAUUCCUUAGCGAAGCAAGGGAACGCAUUUUUUCCCUAUGAAGACAACCCUGUGGCUCCAACAUGUGCUCCAGGGAUAUCAACAUAGUUCAGUUAUAAGAAAGGAACAUUUUAAUGAAUUAGAAUGGGAGAAUAAGCUUUCCAGAAAUGAACAAUGUUGAGGUAUUGCAUGGAUAGUCAUUUGACUUGCAAUCUGGAGUCAAUCCAAUGGUAUAAAAAAAGGGCCACAUGUGUUUAUUCCAGACUGUCAUUAGCGGUGGCAUAUUGCCCCGUUAUUUGAUACAUUUUUUGGCAUACAUUGAUCUUGAUGUGACCACACUUUGGUCAUUUGCAUGUGACGUCAGUGAUUUCCUUCAUUGGUAGGCUGAGGGUUUCGGAGAUUAAGAAGUGGUAAAACUCUGUGUUGAUUGGAGAAAAAAAUUAUAAGUAUCUCAAACACAGCUUGCCACUCUUUAUUUUUUAUGUUUUCUACAUUCACAGUGCUAUUAAACAUCCCUUUACCCAGAGCCUUCAUCAAGACAUGCAUAUUUUUUCCUGACCAUGUGUGUCUGUUAUACUGUGCAUGCACUACACAAGUACUGCAGUCAAAUUUCUUGUAAGAUAAAAUAUGCCUUAGUGAAGCCUCUAUAAAAACACAACUGACUGCAUUACUAGGUUUGUAAAAUGUUGCUCUAAAUAUACUAUUUUGUUCUCGUUA